AUGUCAGACUAUCUGUUUAAAGUUUUUGGAGCCGUUAGAGUAGUGCAAGAAGUGUCGAGGCCCACUUCACCCGGUUUACCGAAGAACGAUGAAUGCACAACGAUUGUCGACAUGGCGAAACAACAAGCACCAAUAUCCAUGAAUCGAAAAAUGAGCAAACGGAAACAUGGCCGAAAAAAUUCGUUUUAUGUACUAAAGCAACUACGAAAAUUAAAUAAAUUGAAGCAAUUACAGCAAUAUACCCAUUCUUCUUCUCUCAUUCAAAUUUACAGUAACUCAAAAUCACAAAAAUCACUCUGCCUCUGGCCACUGCCUACAAUUACACGUUACACCAUCCUAUUUUCUUUCAUCAUUUCAACUUUAAAUUUUCUCGGUUUAUUUGAUUUUACUUGCUCAUCACCUUCUUUUGUCAUUCAUCGAUUAGAAUUAACAAACCUGUUUAUUUCUCCUUUCUUAUGUUUGCCUUCUUUACAAAAUAUUAUUAUUUUUAGUUGGAAUGUUUUGAUCUUGGGUUUGUUUGAAGAAUCCUUAACUCAUAUGGUAGGUGGAACACGGCGGUUAGUUCAAAUAUUGGCCUGUAUUAUAUUUUCGGUCUGCACAAUUCGACAAGCUAUUGGUUAUAUUUUUUCAAAAAGUACGGGCUGGGCUGUUCCUUCCUUGUUUUUCAGCGAUUCAUUACACGAAUGCAAUCAAGGUCUCGCUCCUUUUUUAUUUGCACUCGUGGUGGUCCAGUCACUGAAUAUUCAAGAUAAAUACAUAUUCAUGUAUGGAAGCAACAGCAAGUUUACCAUUCGAAAAGUAACGCUCCAAAUCAUGAUGUGUCUUGUAAAUUACACUGUGAAGAGCAUUUUAUGGUGGUCCUUGACUGGCCUGCUUACUGGCUUCAUUGCGAUGAUUAUCAUCCAAACACUUUUAGCACACGAUAAAAAUUGGGCUUCUGAAGAACUUUAUGAAAAAGAUGACGCUGUGCCUGUUGAGAUUAUUAUGGGCAGAUAUCGGCCAUUACCCCUUUGGCGAACAUUACAAGCUGCGGUUAAAAAGGGAUUAUUGGUUGUGUUUGCUACUUUGCCCAUCCUCUUGAUCUGUAACGGGUAUUAUACGCAAGAAAGAUUGGUCGAUUCGGUCAGUCUGAACCAAUUAUCAUAUGACCGUUAUCUCUUUACAUUCGUUAUCAUGACAGCGCCCCGUCGGGGCAACCCUUCAUUUCUUUCACGCACGUUGGAUUCGUAUGUUAAAAAUUGGCCCGAGAAUCCGGAAUCUGGAUCGUUGUAUGACCGGAUCCAUACCUUGGUAUAUACACACUUUACAACACAUAUAGAAUAUGAUAAAGCCAAGGCCAUGUUUGAAAAUACCACGAGAGGAAGACGCUAUUUGAAAUGGAUUCGUGAAGAAGGGAAUACAUUGAAUCAACGUAGCCAUGUUUCAAAAGCUCUCAGCUUAGCAGCAGACAAUUUCCAGUCCACGUAUAUUGCACUUGUUGAAGAUGAUUUUCCUGUAUGUGGCACGAAAGAAUGGAGAAAGAUUGAAAGUGUGAUUUACGCCGCCAAUAUAAAAUCUCCUCAUCAUUGCGGUGUGUUUGUCGGAACAGGGGGAAGCGGGCUGUUUCUGAAACCUAAGAUUGCGAAAUUAGCCUCUGGUCUAUUGUUAAAAUAUCCAAAUUUACCACCUGAUAUUAUUAUACAACAAUGCUUAUUAGGUAAUCUGUAUGAGUGUAGAGAAUGUACACAGACUUUGGUGACAAGCAAAACACUACUCAUGUAUCAUAUUGGUUAUAAUACUUCAACCAGUGUAGAUAGAUCUUAUAAAAAGAACGAUUUCCAGUGCGGUUGGCGUCAUCCAUUUAACGGUGAUCCAAAUGUAAUUACACUGUAA